AAUCGUCCAGGCCACUGCAGAAGUAGCACAUCUUCACGUGAUACAGGUUGCUUUUCUCAUCGCUUCUCGCAAUGGACCAAGCACAGUUGUUAUUGUUUACUCUGAAUGAGGCAUUAAUGUUGUUGGUUGACAUUUGCAAUUUAUGACAGAAUCCUUUCAAUUGAAAAAUCUUUAAUUAUUUUAUUUUAUUAUAUGAUAGUGUUUUUAGGGUUCAAAUAUCCCCAGCGGCACAAAAACAAUCAUUGAGAUUUAAAUGCGUUUCAAUGUGGCAUUCGGCUUUUGAGCCGCCAGGCGCCCCCUAGAGGAAAACAACUUCUAAGCAUAAGACGUGUCGGUUUCCAGUCGUGUCUGUGAUGCGAGGGCCAGUGCGUUGGGUGUUAUGGGAUGUGAAGGACACCCUGUUAAAGGUCCGCCGCUCGGUUGGAGAGCAGUACUGCCUCGAAGCAGAGAGAGCAGGACUCAAGGUGCCAGCUGCUCAGCUAGAAACUGCUUUCAGACAGACUUACCGGCAGCAAUUACGCCUAUUUCCCAACUAUGGCAGAGCUGUGGGCAUGAACAGCCAGGUGUGGUGGACUGGACUAGUGAGGGACACUUUUGCCCAGUGUGCGGUAGAUGACCCUGCUUUACUGGACAGUCUAGCCCACAACCUUUAUCACAACUUUUGUGGACCAGAAAACUGGGAGGUGUUUCCUGAUUCUAAUAGCACCCUCAAGUUCUGCACCGCUUUAGGACUCGAGCAAGGCGUAGUCUCCAACUUCGACAAGCGUUUGGAAGGGAUCCUGAGGGGAUGUGGACUUCUCAAUCACUUCUCAUUUCUGCUGACCUCAGAAGAUGCUGGGGUUGCUAAACCAGACCCUGCCAUUUUUAUCCAGGCACUGGUACGGUGUGGUGUUCCAGCCUCCAGUGUAGUUCACGUUGGGGACCAUUUUGUGAAGGACUACCUGACCUCACACUCAUUGGGUAUUAGAGGUUACCUGCUUGACAGACAAGACUGUCACGGGCACCUUGAUGUUCCUCCACAGCAUAGAUUACAGAGCCUAGAUGAACUACCAGCUCGAUUAAAACAGGAUGCAGACUGAAGAGUGCACACAUUUUAUCCAGUGCAGCUGAUGAUUAUGUAAUGUUGCUGCAGGGUUAAACACAUUUUAAAUGGACCAUAUUUUUUCCCAGAUGCACGUUUUAUUUGAUGAAACGAGACGUAAGCUGAAACAUCAAUGUGGGACAGGAAAACAAAAAAAUCAUGUUCUUUUAAAAGUUAAGAUUUAAUAAAACCGUAAUUGCCAAUACAUUAUUUUAUUGUUAAUCUGCCAAUAAAUUAUAUAUUGUUUGUGAAAAUUGUCAGAUUGUUACCAGUCAUUUGUAGAUAUAGCAUCUGGUAAAAUACUGGUCAGAUAUAGUCCCCAAAUAUAAAGGUUUGACUGAUGG